CGAGCUAAUCGCUCGUAUCGCCGGUCGAAAUCAAAACCGGUCGUUGAUUCGUUUGUCACUGAAAAACGCACGCGUUUCGCAUCGGUGAACGAUCGGUGAUCGGUGGUCGUACGUUUGCGUUUCGUUUCGAAGACGAUAACCCGGAAAACGGACAGAGUCGCGUAACGUAAUCGCACAUCGCGUGCAACAUCCGCGAUUUCGUAUUAAAGGCUGAGGUUGGUUGAAUUGGCCGGUCGGUCGGUCGGUUGUGCGGUCGUUCGAUCGAUCGAUCGAGUCCCGUACGCCGAUCAGAAGUCGAUCGGCCACAGCGAUCGACCAUCGAUUGAUUACCGUUCCAGUUGAAUCGGUUGGACUUGACGUAUUUCUAUCGACGCUCGAGAACAUUUAUUCGCGUAUGAUCGAGUCUCGCAAGGUUAGCGAGAAAACGCGGUCGAAAUUGCAAGUGGUAGACGAUCGAUCGAAAAGUAGUGUUCGUGAAGGGGCCCGUUAUCGAUACCAAGUAUGUACUAACCGAUCGAUUUGAGGAAUUUUGCACGGUCGCUAAACCACGAACCAGGUAUGCAUUACAACGCCCAAGGGAUCACGGAGGACUCGUACCUGCGACAGAGGCAACAGGAACAUCAACAGCAACGACAACAACAGACGGGUCAACAUACCGGCUACUCCGUACGGCAGAAGGGCCGCGAUCGUUCGUGUUCACCGAGAUCGGAUGAAGUGCGGUCGCCCGGCUCCGAGGUGAGAGGAGAGACUGCUAUCGGAUCUCCGGAAAACGUACGCUUCGUGGAAAACGGCUCUCCUUCGGAGCUCGGCGAGGAAUCGCGAAUGUCGAGGUAUCGCGAAGAGAACGAGGCGAAGAGACCUUCCUUCUCGAAGCAGGAAAACGAGUCGACGGCGAGUUUCUUUCGAGAUCCGGAAGACACCGGUGUAAAGUGUUUCACCGAGGAAAUGGUAUCGGCAGUGGCGAGUCACUACAGAGAUUCGAAUAACUCGCCGGGUAGAAUCUCGCCGCAGGAAUACGCGGUUCACUCGACCGACAGACGUCAUAGUUCCUUUGGGAAAACGUCGUUCUGCAUCGACGCGUUGCUCGGUCGGGCAACUGGGAAAGAGAGCCUGGAUCACGAACGAUCCGAUAGAUCGAACCAAAGAUCGCUGUUCGCAACGCGAAAUACUGUCAUCGACGCGAGCCCCUGUUUGACGAACUCGUUGGUCCGUGGCCACGAUCGAGAAUCCUCUUGCACCCUAGGAGGUGUAAGCGGAGCCGCUGGAACCGGCAUCGUUACCGGUACUAACCUCGGUACUCGCGCUUGCACCGGUGCAGGCGAAACCGAAACUGCGAGCGCAGUUGGAAUCGGAGUUGCGGUCGGCGUUGGUAAUGGGACUGCGCUUAUCGGCGCUGCUAGAACGGACGAGCAAAGAACAUCUUCUUCCCUCGGAGGCCUUUUGCAUCCGUUCGACAGAACCGUCGUCCAACACGGACUCGCUUCGCCGUCGAACUUACAAGUUAUUCGCGAUCCAAGUGACAGACAAGAUAUUCGUGACCGAUCCGUACGCGACGCUCAUUUGUCCGGUAUUCGCGUGGAAUCGGUGGAGGAAACGACGAAAACGCCUUUCAAAGGGGAGAACGCUGGCAUCGGUAACGGAGGAUUUCGAGUGGAUCGGUUGGAAAAUAUCGAGGACGACGGUUCGAUCGAGGUUGAUCCUACGAGAACAGGAAGCGCCAGCUCGGGAAGCAACGCGAGCCAUAGUCCCAUCUCCAGCCCUCCGAUUUCUCCUGGAUCGGAGGAACCCAGUGGCAACGCUAUCCCUGGUAAUCCGAAUUUACCGAGUGGCCAUUAUAGCGCGCUCGGUAGCAACGCGGGAGUAGCACGACAAAAUCAAGCGCUUCUCUUACAUCCAAGUGGUCCCCUCAUACAUCCCGGAGGAUUAUAUUAUCAUCCUGCCGGUGGUAGCGCGUUUCAUUCGAUACACAAGGAAGGUCAACCCGUCGGACAUUCGCAGAGUGCCGGUGCUCAUCCUCAGCAGCAUCACAUCCAUCCACUCCAACUCGAGUGGUUGGCUAGGACUGGAAUGUUGUAUCCGAGGUUACCCGCCGAUUUAGCCGGUUGCGCGGCCCAGCAUGCCCUCCUUGGAAAAACGAGAAGGCCGAGAACCGCUUUCACGUCGCAACAGCUACUCGAAUUGGAAAAACAAUUUAGACAGAACAAGUACCUUAGCAGACCGAAGAGAUUCGAAGUGGCCACUUCGUUAAUGCUCACGGAAACACAGGUGAAAAUCUGGUUUCAAAAUCGACGAAUGAAAUGGAAAAGGAGUAAAAAGGCACAACAGGAGGCGCGGGCGAAUAAUAAGGUCGAGGACGGAGGAAACGUGAGAAGCAGCGAGAGGGAAACCGGCGGUGAUCCGAAUCCAAAUUCGCCGAGUCCGCAGGAGGAUAGCAAAGGUACUCUACAAGAAACGCAGAGGAACGCGACCGAACUUCAGGAGCCGCUUUAUCGACCUUACGUGGUAUAAAACUCUGACCAAAAUGAUCGACCCAGUGGUGUGCCAAAUGUGAACCAACCGAUGUAAGUUGCUGCUUGGCGUCAUUUUGUCGAUUAAAUCUCUUGUUGAUACCUUUGAUACUUGGUGUGAUAUGUUCGGUCGUUUCUCGAGUGAGUUUUUAAUACUACGCAAUAACAACAACAACAACAAUAACAACAACAACAUCGUUAGUCGAUCGGAAAACGGAGAGAUGUACGUGCAAAAAGGAUUCAAUGGCAAAGCGAUCGAUUAGAUUUUACAAACAAAUCGCAAAUAGAGUCGCGUGCAUGUAUGAUGUAAGUAUCGACUUAUACUGUACGCAUGCUGGUGUAACAUGGCAAAACUCGUAUGUAAAUAUAGGGAACAAUACGAUGGAUAAUACACGCAUAUACGCACACACGCAUAAAUAAAGAGCGGCUCGUAGCUAUAAAAAAAUAUCUUCAAAUCUUCAAUUCUUAUAAGAGGUACGAGGCACAAAAUGAUUUUUACACGAACCUCUCAGAAAUCACACCGAUCGAUUCCGCCUUUUUUAAUUAAUUUUCUAAUUUCAUUUCUCAUUUCAAUUCUAAAGAAUCAAUUAAGUUCGUAAGUUCCACAGAUUUAUUUGUAACUGCCGUACGUUAUCGCGUAAAAGCGUAUCGCGAGAAAAUUACACGAAUAACGAUAGAUUGUAAGGUAAACUUAAAAAAUAUCGUUUGACAACAUCGUCGCUUAACUUCUCUGAUUUAUCAAGUCCAUUCGUGUGACUUCUGAGUGACUAACGCGUAACGCGAUAGAGAUAAAAAUUGAAAAUCUCUGGGUGGUUUCGUAAAGUGGAUUUAAAAAACGGUGUUCGUAACAUCGUCGCUUAAAUUCUCUGAUUUAUCAAGUUCAUUGAUGUGACUUCUCAGUGACUAAUACAUAACACUGUAGAUAAAAAUUGAAAGUUUCUGGGUGGUUUUAUAGUUAUGAGACGCAGUGUACACAAGUUCGAGCCCAUGUCAGACCGGUGCAUGCGCACGAUUGCUGUUAUCAGCAGCGAUAUGCCUAGAAAAUUAAUCGAAUCCUCUUUACGGUGUUCCCCCGAGUCGUUUUGAAAUGUUUACAUAACGAAGGCUCGUAUCAAAGGGAAGAAAAGAAAAUAUGGCUUAUAUUAAUGAGUAUAAAGUGGGAGGAAUUAUAUAUAUAUAUAUAUACGCGACGAUUCGCAGCAAUAGUUGUAUAAAACCAUCGAUUAGAACGCAAUGGCUAAGCGCCUUGUGAAAAGAUUGAACAUUCUUGACUGUAACUCUUCUCCAACUGUUGCUCUAGAUCUACAUGAAUUGAAAACACGUAUCUAUUUAUGAUAAAUUACAUAAUUGUAAAUAAUAUUCGUAUACGUCUAGGGUAGAAAGUGCGAUGCGAAGGAAAACGUCAUAUUAUGUCGCAACAAGUUCCUAAAAUAAAUCACAAAUAUCGAAGACAACA